UCCAUUAACUUGUAUUAACGUGUCAGACUCUGACUAUGCAAUCGCAAUUGCAAAAUCUUUAAGUAGUGGCAAUAAAUUAGUUUUCCUUCUGCACAAGUCCAUCCCUAGGGCCACAUCGUCCGCGCAGCCCUAGAAGUGGAUAGUUCGAACGCGGAGUGGAUCACACGCACCUGCCCGCCGCAACUAGUCAAGUUUCCCGCGUUUUCCAUGGCGAUUAAGUUGUGAAAUAGUUAUUUUGUUAAUGUGUUUUAACCAACAACCGUGGCCGUGGUGUGGUCCUGGCUAAUCGCAGCAUCCCAGCGCUGUUUGUUCUGUCCCCUCGCCUGCUCUUUUGUUGUGUUCCUCAGAAAAGGGUGUAUCGCGAACACACACACACGCGACAAACACUCGCACACAAACACACACGCCCAAAUCAUUUCGGCGGGAAACUUCAUUAUUUCUGUAAUUAAGUGUAAGCUCUCGCAGUUACAUGUCCGCGAGGAGCGCGGCGGCAAGCGCAGCAUACACCGGCAGCCACUAGGCGCCAGGCCACUAGACGUAAACAGCGGCGCCAGGCCCGCAACGCCCCGGUUAGCCGGCUAGCUCCAAUUCAGGCGCCUCCGUCUCCGAUUUCCGACUCCAGGCUGUCGCCAGAAGCAGCGGCCGCCGCUGCAAGCAUACGCAAUCAGCCGGGACAGAGACAUCAUUCGCAGACAUGAGCGAGCCUGACCCGCAGGAACUGGGAGCUGAGGUGGUCAGCGGAUUGGUGGCGACCAGCGACGACCGCCUGGAGAUGAUCAACGCCGAGUACACGAACCUAUGCCGGGAUCUAAACAUGGAUCGGCAGACAGAGCUGCAGGGCUACGAGACGUACUUAGAGGUGUCCCAGAGGUGCUCCAUGGAGGGCACAGCCAGCCACUGGAUGUGCUGCGCCAUUUACACGGCCUGCCGAAGAACCAGCACACCCACGGUGACUGGCCAGAAUGCAGUGGUCAAGGGUAAUUGUGUGUCCUUAAACAAUUUGCUGCGCUGCUGCAAGAUGAGCAUCUACGAGUUCAAGACCAAAAUUAAGCAGUGGUGCGACAUGGCCAACCUGCCUCAGGAGUUUGUCAACGAGAUUGAGGAUCUGGACCGCAAGUUCAGCAUUACAUUCAUGCUGCACAAGCGUUUCCGCAUUAUUAUGGACAUGAUCUUCUCGUGCCCGCCCAACGAGAAGAAGCACUCCAAGUACAUUUCUCUGCAUGGCAACCACGCCCACGGAAAGUGCUCGUACAUCAAGCUGGACGACAUCUGCUGGCGCCUGUUUCUCUGCGCCAAGAACCAGAAGCCGAGCAACACCGUGGACCUGGUGACAUCCUACAAUCUGAUGAUUUGCUGCAUAGACCUGAUAUACAACAAUGUGCUGGCCGAGAAGCGCACCGAUCUCAUCAACCCCAAAUUCGAGGGCCUGCCGAGCAACUGGACGGAGCUGGACUUUCGUCACAAUCCGCACUGCAUUUUGUCCAACUUCUGUGACAUGACCGAGGAGGCUAAAGCCAUGAAGGCCACCACUUUCCGCCAGAUCAUGUCGAGCUUCUUUCAGGCUUCGACCAUCUACGGCAACAAGGACACUAUGUUAGGCCUAUUGGCUAACGAAAACUUCGAGCGCAACCUAAAGUCCCUCAACAUCAGCUACGAGCAGUACGUCCUCAGCGUCGGCGAAUUCGACGAACGCAUUCUGAGUGCCUACGAUGCGGGGGAACACACUGCCCUCAACGACCAGUCCCUGCGUCCGCCGGUUACUCCGCUUACCCGCAAGCAAGAUCUGCCUGCGCAGCCCGCGAUGGCUGGCGAUAAAUUUGAGCCCGUCCGCAACGCCACUAACAACGUGAAGCAGCUGAGCGCCUUCGGACGGAUCACAGAACCCACGGACUUUGUCAAGCAAGCUGGCGAAGAGGUAAUAGCCAAGCUGCUUAGCAUCAUCGAGGAGAUCGAGCAGAAAUUCCUCGCCAAGUACCCGUCAACGGAGGCGAAGAGUCGCUUCCAACUAGCGAAGUCCUUCUUCUUCUACCUGCUCGACCAGAUCCUGCAGGCGGAAAUUCGGAACAAGCCCGACAUCGAUCUCAAGCGACUGCUGGUGCAGAAGGUCUCCCUGGUCAUCUUUAACAUCACGCUGAUGGCCUGCUGCGUGGAGCUGGUGCUGGAGGCCUACAAAACGGAGCUCAAGUUCCCGUGGGUGCUCGACUGUUUCAGUAUUAGCGCGUUCGAGUUCCAAAAGAUCAUCGAGAUCGUGGUGCGGCACGGCUCGCACGAAGGCUGUUUGAACCGGUCGCUGAUAAAGCACCUUAACUCCAUCGAGGAGACGUGUCUGGAGCGGCUGGCCUGGGCGAGGAACUCGACCGUCUGGGAAAUGAUCGCCUCCGCCCAACUGCCGUUGCCCACGUGGCUCAUGGUUAACCUCGACCGCGCCGCCGGCCCCUUGCAGAUAUUCCUGCGCAAGGUGUACCUGCUUGGCUGGUUGCGCAUCCAGAAGCUGUGCUCGGAGCUGUCACUGUGCGAGAAGACGCCCGAGAGCAUCUGGCACAUCUUUGAGCACUCGAUCACCCACGAGACGGAAUUGAUGAAGGACCGCCACCUCGAUCAAAAUAUUAUGUGUGCAAUAUAUAUCUACAUAAGAGUAAAGCGAAUGGAGGACCCCAAGUUCAGUGACAUUAUGCGGGCAUAUCGCAACCAGCCGCAGGCGGUGAACAGCGUCUACCGCGAGGUGUUCAUCGACAUCAACGAGGACGGGGAGCCAAAGGUGAAGGACAUCAUUCACUUUUACAACCACACUUACGUGCCGCUGAUGCGGCAGUUCGUCAUCGACUACCUAAACGUAACUCCGGACGUGAGUGGCCGGGCUUCGGAUCUACAGCUCUCCCCGCAUCCGAAGGAACGGGCCGCCCAGCCCAAGAAGGUAACCCAGAGCCACUCGCUGUUCGUGUCGCAGAUGUCCAAGAACGAGAUACAGCAGUCGCCCAACCAGAUGGUCUACAGUUUUUGCCGCAGCCCCGCCAAGGACCUUCAGGCUAUGAACGAAAAGGUACGCGGCGGCAAGCGCAUGCUGAGCUUUGGCGACGAGCCCGGACUAGGUACAAUGGCAGAGACGAAGCGCUCGAAAAUCAGCCAGGUCAAGGCCGUCAUGGACGACCCUGAACUGCAGUCAGCCGAGCAGCAGACUGCUGUUACCACGGAAGGUUGCGUAGGGGGCGAAGGAGGAGAACACGAGACAUAGACACGGGGCUUAUGGGGGCAGACUAGACUUAAGGCAAGAACUAAAAAUUCGGCGCAGAAGGCCACACACUGGCCCCUCCGGCGCACGUUCGACUAUUUUAUGAUUGUUUUUUUUUAAAUAUUAAAACUUAAAUUGACAUUUUAACUUAAUUUCAACAAACUAUUUUAGCACAUCUUUUAAUUUUGCUCAACGCCAGCCAACCAUAUAAUUCAUAUGCUAACCCAAUACUUUGAAAUAGUUGUACUAAAUACUUGAUCACCACACACACACACAUCCAUCGGUCGCGACUCCCCGCGAUUUAAAAAUCACUAACAAAAAAACAAAUCAAAUUAAUGCAAUCCACAUUAUAUAUAAAAGCUUAUAUACAAAUAUACUUUUUACAAAUUG